CACCGAGCAACACAUCGCCAUCGCUACAAUUUUAAUGGCUGCCUGCUGCUGCUUGGAAAAGCCGCGCUCUGAAUCGUACUAAGGCUCGUAUUGUUGUUCGUUUUGUUUACGUUUUAAUUCUUGAUUGUAUAGUCAAAGUAUAUUUGUGCCCAUCCUAGUUUCUGCUACUGAGAUAUGACUCCGAUUACGCUCGUAAUGGAGAAAACCGGACGAAACUAGUGCGACAUCCCCGCUUCUUUUUUGGGGGAAGCUCGGUUUUGCUUACUGUUGCUCGGAGUUCGACAGUUCCUGGUACUCAAGCCGUGGGAAGAACUUCGCAAACAUGGCAUCGGCACUCGAAAACUACGUGAACCAUACCGUGUCGAUCAUCACAGCAGACGGACGUCACAUAGUGGGCACGUUGAAGGGCUUUGAUCAGACCAUCAACCUCAUCUUGGACGAGAGUCACGAGCGAGUCUACAGCUCGGCUCACGGCGUGGAACAAGUCCUCCUCGGGCUCUACAUCGUCCGCGGAGACAACGUGGUUCUCGUAGGUCAGGUGGACGACGAACUGGACAUGCGCCUCGACCUUGCCAACACAAGGGCAGAACCUCUCAAUGCUGUCGUCCACUAGGACCUAUCCGGCGCAGCCAGUCUCUCUUGCAGUAAUAUUGAGGAGGUUACAGCCAUGCUGGCUCUCAUGAAUACUGUGUCCAUCGCCAACCCGUAAUGUCCUUCAAGCGGGGCAAACUUCUAGAAAUAAAUGUAUUUUAAUUCAACUUCAGUCAAA